GAUGAGCCCUUGGGAAACCCUUCUGCCAGAGCGCGCGAGUUUCCCCCCCCCCCGUGGCCGCGCGCGGGUCUCAGCAGCUUUGGGCUGGGCGGACCGGGGGUGGGGUGGGGUGGGGGAACCGAUGGGAGCACGGACCGAGGAGUCCGCAGCCCCCCGGGGGCGGUGGUGUGGCUGCUGCUCUGGCUGCUGCUCUGGGGCGUGGUGCUGAGGACCGCAGGUUCUCUGGAAGUGGUGAUGCCAGGAAGGCCUCAGAUAGCACCACUGAAUGGCAAUGUCACAAUCUCCUGCAAAGUCCCCGGCUGCCCCAGGCUGGACACCAGGAUUAUGGGCGUUACCUGGUAUCGGAAGGAUCCUGUGUCUGAAGCAGAGGUCAAGGUGUUUGAGCUUUAUGGAGACUGGCAAAAGGCAUUCCGACCUGGGGCCCUGGUGUCUCCACAGAGGCUGAAGAGGGGUGACGCCUCACUCCAGCUGCCUGGGGUUGGGCUGGGGGAUGCAGGAGAAUACCGGUGUGAGCUGACGGUCACCCCUCAGAAGGCAGAAGGAAGGGUCUUGCUGAAAGUUCUCGGUGAGUGCCUGAGGGCAGUGCCGUGCAGUUGCCAUGGUGCUGGUCCUGGGGUGGGGAUGCAGUUGGGCCAUGUGGGGCAGAGGGUUAGUGUGUGGGUCUAACCCAGACAUGGGCUCCCGUCUUGGAUAAAACCUUGAGCCAGUUAUUAGUCACUCCAAAGUGCAAUGCCUUUUUCUCUAAACGAAGGUAACAAUGUCUACCCAAGAGGACCCUAGGGAGGACUGUAUCAAAAGUGCAGGUGAAAUACUUAGCACAGUCCAUUAAAUGACUGUCAUGGCAGCUGUAUAAUUCACCUCCGUGUGAGCAGUCCGCCUCACUAAGGAAGUACCCAUGACAGGAACUGGGAGAGGAGAGAAGUGCUAGACUCUGGCUGGACAGAUUCGAAUCCUAAUCCAGCUUUUUCCUUUCAAAUGGGAGCCCCAGUCAUUUAAUACUUUUGAAUCUGAAUUUUCCCAUGUAUACAAUGGGCUGAUAACUCCUACCUACUCAGAGUAUGAUGUAUAAAUCCACAUGUGGUGGCACAUGCCUUUAAUUCCAGCUACUCAGGAGGCUGAGCCAGGAGGAUUCCAAGUUUGAGGGCAGCCUGGACAACUUAAUUAGACCCUCUUUCAAAAUAAAGUGAAAAAAAUUGGUGGAGAUACUAGAUUCUCAGUGGUAGAGUCCUUCCUUAGCAUGCAUAAGCCAUAGCACCUAGAGGAAAAAAGUGUGAAAGUGUCCAGCAGAUCGCCUGUUGUAAGGUAGGUAGGUUUCCAGUCAAGACUUACGUCAUCCCUUCUUUGAGCUCCUCUUGCCUCUAUUAUAACAGAAUCUGAUAAUAUAUGGAUGAACUUUGUGGCUAUAUUAGUUUGCUAUGGCUGCCAUAAGGUAAUACCAUGGACUGGAUGGCUUAA